GGAAUCCCCUUGCCGACCGAACAUGGCGUCCCUGGUUACACGGAAGCAGGUGACACGCCCCCGACUAUGGGUCUCGGUUGACAAGAAACAAAUUGAUUAUGCAUCUGUAUCUGGUCAGUCCAGAUGAAAGUGGUGAGAGUUGGUUGUGGAGUUCAUCAGCCUGGUUGCCAUGACGAAGAAGAACAAGCAGAGUAAGUACCAGACCAGCAGCAGCAGCAAAGUGCGGGUGCUCGAGGAUCAUCCGCUGAAACAUGGCGGGGGGAUCUGUCCCACCAACCUCAAGGAACAGAAGGAACGCUUCCUCAGACACGGCAAGACCCCCGACUUCCACCACACCGACAGUUCCGAGGCUGUCCAGGAACUGACCACCAAGUCCAAGGGCCAGAUUCGGUUUGAUCUUUUGUCAGAAGCAGAAUAUGUUCUGGAAACUGUCAGGAAGAAGUUUGGUGAGGGAGAGAAUUUUUUGGCUCAGGCUUACGGCAAAAGGGUAACACGGAUCGAGGCAUCUGAGAUCGUCACAUCUUACCUGGAGGAAAAUCUUCUGAAUGAUGCCCUCACACUUAUCUGGUGUAACGACCUUCCAUGCAGUGCCCGGAUGGUAUGGCAGGGUCCGCUGCUUAAGUGUAACCGCCCAGAGGCCAGGAAGUACUCACUGUGGCUCAAUGGCUCGUUGGAGAACCCCUACGUCCGGGAACAAGGGAUUGGUUGUCUCAUGGACCACGAAGUCGGCACACACUUUUUCCGGAUGUACAAUGAUGGCCUUCAGCCAUGGUUCUCGGACAGGAAGAGGUUUGGCCUGCGUGGGAUGAGCUCGUUUGAGGGCAUGUGCACCGAAGAAGGUCUGGCGGCCAUCCACACCGCACUGCGGGCCAACAGCAACUUCCUGUAUCUGCCUGCCCUUGUGUACUACACAGCGUGCAAGUCGGCAGAGAUGACGUUCAAACAGCUAUUUGAUCAUCUUGGUCGCUACAUCUCAAACCGUGAACAGCGUUGGAAACAUGUGAUGCGUGUAAAACGUGGUCUGUCGGACCCUAACGACCUGGGAGGAUACGGCAAGGAUCAGUGCUACUUUGAAGGUGCUGUGCAGAUUCUGCGGAAUGUCGACUCUAUUGACUUCCACUUGUUGAUGAGUGGUAAAAUCUGUGUAGAUGAAAUUCCUCGUAUUAAGAGAAUUGCAAGAAUGGAUUGUGUCCGAAUUCCAUGUUUCAUGAAAAAUGUAGACUUGUACAAACGCAAGCUGCGCAAUAUGGCUGAAAUGAAUGGCCUCCACAUCGAACACCCAAAGAUGGCCCCUCCACUUGCCUACCUCAAGCGUCUCAAACAGAGACAAAGUCGAGUCGGUGUUGCCGGAUCCUCCAGUGGGACCAGGCGCAAGGUGAGGAAACGGUAUAAGAAGAAAAAGUCCUCUGAUAGAUUGACUAACACUAAAAGAUAUGAGGUUAAAAUAUUUUUACCCCCUGUUGGCAUUCAGAACAAACAGGAAGAAAGCAAAAACCACAUAGUUGGCAGCAACACAGAGUGCAAUAGAACUACUAGGUUAGAUAGAUUUGUUCCACCUACAGCAAAACUGUCUGGAGUUGAUCGGCAGUUGGAGAGGUCUCCGUCAAGUCCAGUCAGAUCUCCAUGUAACAGUAGAGUUUCGUCUAGCCUAUCUGACACCCAGCUGUUGAGAGGGUUACCUCCCUUUCCUUAUCGAGUACCGCUUCCGCCAAUCAACACACCAAGACGAGGUGAGUCAGACAUAGAGAUUCAGAAUGAGGGUGAUGUAAACCAUUUGAGUGAUGCAGACGUACAGAGUCAUGAUGAAGCAGACGUACAGAGUCAGGAUGAAGCAGACGUACAGAGUCAUAAUGAAGCAGACGUACAGAGUCAUGAUGAAGCAGACGUACAGAGUCAGGAUGAGAAGCACCACGAUGAUGUUGAUGAAGCUAGUGAGGUGAUCCAGCAGAAGACUAAGCCAAGUUCCUCUAGGACCUCAGGAGAUCUUCAGUUUAACAGCUUUUUGUUCCCAGACGUGUUCUUCCCCAAUUCCACUGCAAACUUCAACCUCCGAGGUCUCCACAUUCGGGAUCACAGUGCUGAGUGCUCUGAUGCAGUGACAUCUGAUGAUGAUGAUGAUGAUGAUGAUGGAUCUGAGGAUGAUGAGAUAUACUAACAACAUCAGCAUCAUGUGUGUUUAUGCUGGCCAUUCAAGUUUCUGUGCAACUAGGGACAACAGUUAGACAGUUGGCAUCUUAUCAAGGAUGUUCAUCAGUUUGAUCUAUGAGGAAAAAUUCUCAAAGAGGUCGAGCAGUCCAUGACGAAUAAGGAAGGUUUUUCAACAUUUGAGUUUGAAUUUGUAAACAUUUGGAUUUGAAACAAGAAUCAAGUUCAAGAUCUGAAAGAAUAUUUCCCUAUCAGCGAACAGAUAAUGUUUAUCUUUGUUGGCUAGAGAUACGUCUUUCCAGGGAACUGAUACCAAGGGUAAAUUUUCUCAUAUGGGUAUGAUACAUUUAUUGUUUGAAAUCUAUGUUAUAGUGUGAUGUUUGUCUUUUUAACUACAUUUAUGUUAUGGAAACGCAAAAGAUACCUCACAAGCAAUGGGUUCUUGGUAUUUUAUGCGCCACUAAUGAAAUUUAUAUAAUCAGUUGUCAGGGCGGCAGCCUCUGGUUUGCAGGGGCAAGGCGUUUGGUGCUGACUUGUUGUUGUUGUUGUUUUAACUUGAUGUAGAUGUGUUUACUGGUGGGAGUGUAUGUGGUGUGAAACACUAAAUGUACGUGACUGGUGUGAUAGAGUAUGCUGUUGUUUCAAACCAUCACAGUGAACUAACCCUGCAUUUGUAAGCCAAACUUGAUGUAGAUGUGUUUACUGGUGUGUGUGUGUGUGUGUUUGUGGUGUGAAAGACUAAUGUAUGUGACUGGUGUGAUAGAGUCUGCUGUUGUUUCAAACCAUCACAGUGAACUAACCCUGCAUUUGUAAGCCAAACUUGUAAUUCCAUACAUUUCAAACAGUUACAUGAAAGAUGGCAAUAUAUGAAAAUAUAUGAGUGGUGCUUAGCCAUUUUCAAGGUAUAUAUACAUAUAUACAUACUAUAGUGUUAUGAAGGAGUCAGGUGUUCUGUGACUUGUUUUGAGUAGUAUGUACGAUUUGAUUAACUGGAAUGAUUGUGAAUGAUUUAGCCCAGAGAUUGGACUAGUUACUGGAUACCUAGCACCCAUGUGGUUAGUGUGCUGUAAACACCAGUCAACCAGGCUCUCAUAUUAACAAGUUUUAAUUUAUUUUCUUUGUUUCUUGAAUAUAUUAUUUACAAUGUUAUUUUUCUGAAUAUUUCUUUUCGUAUCAUUUUGCUCUUUGCAUUGACCUUGUAAUCAAGUGUGUGUUUCAAAUAACCAAAUCAUAUCCUAUUCCAUCCAAAGCUAUUUCUAACAUGUCUAAUGCUGAAUAAUUCCAGCUGGUAAAUGUGGAAUUACGUAAGCCAAAGACACAUGAAAGGAAUGAAUAAUUGUUAGCUUGGAAUUGAUUAUGUUGGCAAUAUUUCUAUCAAACAAUGACAAACAAGACAGUAUUACUUUAAAUCUGUAAAAUAAUUAAGACCAAGAGUCAUUAUCAGGAGAUGACAUAUCCCCCCAGUCUGUUGCAAUUCGGAAAUUGAGUUUGACUACUUACACCCCACUUAGAUGCCCUAGUUCAAAAGGCCCUAGUUCACCAAUAGAUAGAUCUGUAUAGCAACUUUCAACAAGAAAUAUUCAACGGUUUAGGAGUUCUGCUCCAGAAAAUGGAUGGAUGGACAGACGGACAUGCUGAUUGCUAUAUCAUAAUAAUGAUAAAAAAGACAAAGCAAGUAGCAUGACUACUUUGGGAAGGUUGUAGCGCUUGUCUCACUUUGAAACAUUUAUUGCCACAUCAAUCACAACUAUCAGCGCUCCAUCAGAAUGAGAUGGCACCAUCGUCUCUCAGAGCUGCUCCUCCCACGUCUUCCAUAAAGAUCCAAUAGAUCAGAAAACCUUCGUCUUCUGACAGCUCCUCAGUAUAAACCUUCUCUAUGUGGACAGAUCUUUUAGCUUCCUUGCUCCAGGGGCGGUCGGGUAGCCUAGUGGUUAAAGCAUUUGCUUGUUAGCCGAAGACCUGGGUUGGAUUCCCGACAUGGGUACAAUGUGUGAAGCCCAUUUCUGGUGUCGCCCGCCGUGAUAUUGCUGGAAUAUUGCUAAAAGCGGUGUAAAACCAUACUCACUCACUCUCACUCACUCACUCACUCACUCCUUGCUCCACAGUUGUGGACUGAUCCUCCUCUUCUGAUCAAGUUAUCCUCAUCAAGUCUCAUCUGUUCCAAAUUUUCUUCUCCUGCCAUGCAGCGCUUUGAGCCUGCAUCUUGUGGAUGGGCUCCAGCACAUUACAAAUACACACAUUAUAUUAUCAUUAUCAAAAAUAUUCACUGAUUGACAUCCAACACUACCCCUUGAAGGGAUGAACAGCUUCAUUUAGAAAAAUAAGAUCUGCUGAUAUAAGUGCCAUUUCUGUGUUUGUAAUUUUCAGAUUUUUAUUUAUUACUUUUAAGUUUUUAAAAUAAUUAGAUGUUAUUCAUAUCAUGUCUCAAAUAUUUGGAUUGUUUUGUUUCCAGAAAGUUAUAGGUGGAUUGUGAUGAAUAUAUAUUUAUUAUAAUUAUUUUUAUGCUGUUCUGUGAUGAAUCGUGUACUAUCAUUGACGUGGAACAUUCUGUGCCAAAACUUUACCCUUUUUUAGAGGAAUAAACUUUUGUAAUA